AUGAGCCUGGGACGAGCCCAAGGUCGCCAAGUCCAGCAACCACCGCCCGGGUCGCAGAGGAGCCACCACGAAGCACUGGACCACCUCGCUAUCGCAGGGGACGGCCUCGCCGACGGACAAAGCACGUCACCUGCAAGCACGCGCCGUAGCCGACCAGGCGCCGCCGCACGUAGCCACGCCAAGCCGCCCAACCGCCGCACCCUAGCCACGCCAAGUCGCCUCAGCACCCGCCGGAGCAGCACCCAAGCCACGUCACUUUUUUUCUCGUUCGGAAAGAACACGCGUCGUCGUGAAUGCCCUGGCUUCUCUUAUCCUUUCCCCCUUUUCCCCAACGAGUCUCUCAGUCUAUCCACUCCCUCCUCCACUCUGCCGCUCACUUUUCUCCCCUCCAUCUCGAGCUCGUGCGGGGCUGCCCCGGUGGCGUAUUCAGAGACCACGGCGGAGGAGCUCGUGCAGGUCGUCGCGCCGGCGACGUACUCGGAAGCCGCGGCGGACUGGCGGAGGAGCUGCUCCUGGAGCUCGAGCGUGGCGCUCCCAAGCGCUCGUGCUCGGGCGGCUCCGGCGAGGGCCGUGCUGGAGGUCAUGGCGGCUGGGGCGGCUAGGGUCGCGGAGCCGAGGAAGCCGGAGGCGACAUCGUCGGGCUGGCAUGGGGCGACCACGCCGCCACGUUCCUCAUGCUGGAGACGAUGGCAACCACACCGCCGUGUUCCUCAUGCUGCUGGUCGCCAAUGCAACGGACAAGAACCAUGUAGAAAGGAUGUCGAACGGUCAAUUGGGGUUCUCCAAGCUCGUUUCGCCAUUAAUUAUGGUCAUGCACACUUCUGGGAUCAAAAGGACUUGUGGCGCAUCAUGACUGUGUGCGUUAUAUUGAAUAACAUGAUCAUAGAGGACGAGAGGGAACAACUGCCUAACUAUCGCUAUGAGAAUGAGGGGAACAAAGUUUAUAUACCAGCAGUUCAGCCACAAAGGGAUGAACGACGAUUGCAUGAUUUCUUGAGAUACGUCAACUGAUCGAAAACCACACCGGCUAUGAACAGCUCCAUGAUGAUGUAAUUAAGCAUUUGUGGUUCUUCAACGUCAAUAAAAUGUAUAGAUGUUCUAUUCGAAAUGAUUUAGACCAUCCAAGGUGUUUAAAUUUGAAUUCGGACCAAUUUUCAUAUAUUGUGGAUUUGAAAUUAUUAUCAAGUAUGAAUGUUCGAUAUAACAUGGUUUGAAUUUUGAUGAUGAUA